GACAGUCUUUUUAAGCAUGCUUUAGAAAAAGCCAAAAGGAAAAAAGAAUUGGAGGGGACUGGGAAAGAUGCACCACACCUCCAGGUUCUUCUGCAAGACAGUGUAAACAAUUUGCUGUUUGAGAUUCUUUGCCAGGCACAAAAAAAGAUUAGUCACAUUUCAAGAAGUGAUAAAGGGACAUUUGAGACACAGGACCUUGGUACUUGUUCCAAGCAGUGUGUUCCCACAAAGGGAAAUAAUGACUCAUUAAGUCAGUUACAGGGUUUAGCAAGUUUCAGGCAAUCCGCUAACACUGAAAAACACAGUGGAAUGCGUCAAAGCACAGAUAGUCUUACCAUGGUUCCUGGAAUUAGCACAAAUGCGCUUGAAGAAAGCGAUGUCAAUACAUCUCUCUUUACGACUUACAGCAAAGAGCAACCACAGCACUCAUGCUGUGCACAAAGUCAGUUGAAGUCUGCCCUACAUACAAAAGACUGGUGUGGCCACCAUGAUACAACUGCUGUCAGAGUCCCUGUGAGUGACAUCCCAGUUCAUGGCACAGAGAGGCGGGGCCGAUUUGCGACAGCAAAUGACAGCAGACAGUCUUCUCUCACCCCACAGUCUUCACUCAACUCUUGCAGUUCACUUUUGUCUUGGAGAAUGGACUCAGAGAGCAGGACACCCAUUACCUGCUAUGCUGAUGAUUUGGCUGCUACAGUGGUGUCUAUGGCCACAGAACUAGCUGCUAUAUAUCUUGAAAAUUCAACCGGGAAGCAACCCUGGUUCUGUGCCCUCAAAGGGACAUCAGCGGAGGGCCCAGAGGCUUUCUUUAUCCCGGCUUGCCGAACAGUAUUCAGAAGGAAAGAGAGUCAGAGCAACAAUGUCACCUCCAAGAAACAUCGAGCACCACGCCUCAGUGAGAUUAAAAAGAAAACAGAGGAGCAGCCAGAGUUGAUGGAGCGCCUGGUGAACCGCGUGGUUGAUGAGUCGGUCAACCUUGAUGAAUCGCAGGACCCAUUUGCCCUAUUUGCCUCGGAAGUCACAGCCAGGAUCAUGAACUGCCCUGAGCUUAAUGUGGUGGACACAUCCAAAACAAGCCAGCCACGUAGCAGAUUGCAGUGUGAGAGGUGGAGCCGUGGGAAGGCCUCGAGUUAUGAAAGCAUUCCAGAGGAAGACGGAGACCCCUCGGGUACACCAAAUACCCUAGGCCCCGGUAGUCGUUUAGGCCAGAACCUGAGUCGCGGUAGCUCUAUUUCCAAGCAGUCAAGUUGUGAGAGUAUCACAGAUGAAUUUUCACGGUUCAUGGUCAACCAGAUGGAGACUGAGGGCAGAGGCUUUGACCUUCUUCUGGACUACUACGCAGGGAAAAAUGCCAGCAGCAUCCUGGCGGCAGCUGUGCAACAGGCUGCAUCCAAGAAAAAUGGUCACCUUAAUGUCAGGACGACAUCCUGCCUGUCCAAACAAUCCAGCACUGAGAGCAUCACAGAGGAGUUCUACAGGUUUAUGCUCCGGGACAUGGACAAGGAAAACAAAGAGCACGGCAUUGCCAAGACUAAAGAGUGGAGCAAUAGCUUGUUCCCGCCAUCCCCCCGGAGUCCCUUUUGCAUACGACAGUCAUCAGUCCCAGACAGGCGUUCCUCAGAUUCAAGACUGACCGUUAACUCACCCAUUAAAGCCAAUUCAUUUGAUGGGUUUGCCCAAAAUGUUCAUGGAGAUACCCUGAAUAUCUACCCCCGCAACUCAGUGGCAGCAACAGGACUGUGCAAAUCAGACUCAUGUCUCUAUCAAAGAGGCAAGACUGACCAGAUCACUGACAUGCUGAUCCACGAUACCUGGUCCAGUUCUAUUGAGUCAUUGAUGCGGAAGAACAAGAUCAUUGUUGAUCCAGAGGACAGUAUCGACCUGGAGGCUGCAGCAGACCCUCAGCCACACAUAGAGCAAUUUGCUAACCGCCUGGCAGCUGAUAUUGUAGAUAUUGGCAAAUCAUCUGCUGGAGAUCAGCGAGAGGUUCCUGGAAGCACAAAUGGGCCACACUUACACAUGCCUGUUGGUGAGAGAAGGAGGGGAUUCAAACAAUCCCAUUUUAACUGUAGUUGGGGUAGAUCAAGUCAAGAACAAACAGGGUUUAUACCAGGGCCAGGUGACAGCAGUACACCCCGUUUAAGAGCCCCGAGGGAUGUGCCAGUGAUCCACAUUGAGGGGGAUACCCAAGAAAGGAGAGAUGGACAUCCAGAACGACCACCAGAGGUGCCAGGUACCAAGUGUACAGAGAGGAUUAAAGCCAACGGUAAAAGGUACUGA